AUGCAUUCGGGCAGGUAUGCUUGUGGCUACAAUGGAAUGGAUCUCAGCACCGGGCACUCCAGCCCCGGACACUUUCUUUCAUCUGGUGAGCGAACUCAAAGCUACAAAGACAGUCCAACUGCGACGCCUGUCCGGUACAAUCAGCCGGUUACCGCUAGCAGCGCUGAACCUUCCUCUGAUCAUCUCCCCUGCUCAUCCUUAGCCAACUCUCCUGUCAGUGAGCAGUCACACCGCGCCCUGAAAAUCUCACUAUCUAGCACCGCUGGCUCUGCGUCCAAAAGCUUUGGAACGGUUCUCAGCCGGGAGGGAGUUUCGAAAGUGUCAAGCUCUAUGGAGGAAGAAAAGCCACCGGGUAGUGGACAGACAGCUUCACAGAAUGUGUCGGAGGCACCGCAGAUUUAUCCAUGGAUGCGAAAACUUCAUAUAAGUCAUGAUAAUUUGGCCGGACCGGAGGGGAAAAGGCCCAGGACAGCCUACACGCGCUACCAGACACUUGAGCUCGAGAAGGAGUUCCACUUCAACCGAUACCUGACACGUCGCCGAAGAAUUGAGAUUGCACACACUCUUUGUCUCUCAGAGAGACAAAUCAAAAUAUGGUUUCAAAACCGCAGAAUGAAAUGGAAAAAAGACAACAAACUGAAAAGUAUGAAUAUGGCAGCUGCAGGAAGCGGAUACCGGCCUUAA